UGGAAAAUGUUCUUCAUAAUAAUUGUACUGUAAUUUCAUCGUCGAAGAAAGCGGUUUUAUUGUCGAUUUGUGGAGUUAUUUAACGAAAUAAAGUAAGAAGUGGGUAUCUUUAGAGAAUGAGCGAGAGCUGAGUCAUGUGUUGUUAGGCGGCGAGACAAAGUCGAUUGGAUCAGUGGUUGUGGAGGGAAUGGUCAGGAUAGCUUGUUGUGAUUGCAAUGUUCGUCUAGGAUUGAAGGCUGUGAUGUGAUGUCCACCCACAAUGUAUGAAGAACUGCUGAACCACCGAUGUGAACUCAUAGACAACCUCGACUCCGAACCUCUCUUCGACUAUCUCGUACAAAAUGGCGCCUUGGAGCCUGACAUCGCCAAUGACAUUAAAAAUGGUCAUGAGGGAGCGGAGGUGAAUCACGCGCUGCUCAAGUUCCUGGACAGUAAGCGGCAGGAGAGUAGUGGCACGAGUCAUCAUGAAUUGUUCAUCAACGCAUUAAGACAAACGGGUCAUCUGCAGUUGGCGAACCUUCUCGAUGUCGGCAUACGCAUUCAGCCACGCAGAUGGAAUUCUUUAGGCUACUUGAACAGAUCCAGGCACAAAGGUCAGGUAUGUCUCAUUCUGCAAGUGAAUGCUGUCGAGGUGCGACCAGACCAGUUCCCCGUACGCCGAGGGGUCUCGGGCACGAGCUACUGGAUAAGUCUUGCCGAUCUGAAGCUAUUUGAGGAUAUGAAACUGACACCGGCGCCAUCUCUAAGAACGACAACAUCACAACACCUCGGCGGGAACAGCAUCGUACAAAUCGAUGAUGAAAAGCCGUCAAAAUGCAUAUGUGGGUGCUUUGGUAGGAUUUUCGGGAAUAAGAAACGUAAGGGAAAGACGAAGGAUCAUGUGAAUGUUCAGUUGGUGUACGAGGUGCCUGAUCACCAGAGAUUGGAGACUGUGAUGGAAGGAGCCGAGAAGCUGAAGAGAAAGUGCUCUGAUCGCAACCAGAACCGCACUCUAGGGCUUGCUGCUCACGGGACACCGUCCGACAGUGGUGUGGAAAAUUCUGAUCGGUCACAUGACAAUAGCGAGGAGUUCCUUCUUCUGGACGAUAUCAAAAUGAGGGCGGAUAUAUUGCGUGAAAAGUCAAAUAAAUUCUAUCAGUUGCUUCUCGAUCCGGAUACACCCACAAGAAAUGCGCUGGUGAAAUAUUUCGAACAAGUACGUGGGAUUCUAGUUGUGGAUAUUGUUUACGAAGACGGGAUUAUUAUCAGGAGUAUAUGUACGAAGGAGAACCAGUUGAACUCGCUCGAUGACGAUUUCCAGAGUGGAAAGCUGGUCCAUGAGUUAGAAGAGGUUUUGAUUAACGAGAAUGUAUUACAUCUGAUUGCCAUUUUAGCACUCAAAUUGCAACUUUCAGCAGAGGAGGACGAGUUUCCAAAGGCUUUAAAGGACUUGCAGUCUUAGCAUCAGCACAGUUUAGGUGCUUCUGUUUUCAAAAAAAAUCGGUGAAGUUUUUGGAGACACAAAUUUGGUAGAGUGGUACGGUAAGAAAAUGUGUGAAGGCAUUAAAAAAGACCAGCAGUUGUAAUUUCUGGCCAGUUGAGAUGCUGGACUUAUUUUAGAAAAACAAAAGGCACCUUUGAAAGUAACGAAUGUGAGGAAGAUGUCUUUAGAAAGAUAAACUUGGUCAACUGUACAAUUAGGAAAUGUGUUAGAUGGUUCUCAUGAGGGUAGUACACAUGACUGUCAUGUUGGUGGUUCUCAUGAGGGUAGUACACAUGACUGUCAUGUUGGUGGUUCUCAUGAGGGUAGUACACAUGACUGUCAUGUUGGUGGUUCUCAUGAGGGUAGUACACGACUGUCAUGUUGGUGGUUCUCAUGAGGGUAGUACACAUGACUGUCAUGUUGGUGGUUCUCAUGAGGGUAGUACACAUGACUGUCAUGUUGGUGGUUCUCAUGAGGGUAGUACACAUGACUGUCAUGUUGGUGGUUCUCAUGAAGGUAGUACACGACUGUCAUGUUGGUGGUUCUCAUGAGGGUAGUACACAUGACUGUCAUGUUGGUGGUUCUCAUGAGGGUAGUACACAUGACUGUCAUGUUGGUGGUUCUCAUGAAGGUAGUACACAUGACUGUCAUGUUGGUGGUAAGAAAAAGAUGUACUUGUUGUGCUGCAGGCUUGAAAGUUGAAAAGAGCGAGCCUUGUGUGUUAUGAAUAGGAAGAUCAAAGAAUAAGUAACAUAGUUUUUUGGAACACAUAGUACCUAUAUAAAAAGACGCAUGUCUGUUGAACGUGUGAGUGUCGCCUACUGUCUGCUUUGCUCACUCAACAUCAGAUCACUAGACAAUGUAGAAUGAAAGCUGGCAAUCAGAAGUGCUUCCAACUUACGUCUCUUUCGAUGCUUUGCGACUCUGACAGAAUGAUGAGCACUUUAGCUGGGACUUCAUCCAGCAAGCCUUUAACAGCCAUUGCUGGCUUAUCUGGGCCAGUCCAAACACUUUAAACACUUGUGAUCAAUAUCAAGCUAAAUCAAUGAUGCUAUAUUGCUAAUCAGUGAAAGAUCUCAUUCAAUAUUAAAUGUCCUUAUUUCAUCAUUUACAAAUAUACGUUUGUGUGUUCUUAUAUGAAAUAGAAAAAUAUCAAAGCAAACUUUUAUGAUUUUCAUAAUCUAAUAUUCAUACAUUGUAGUCAAUUGUUGUGGGAAAUAUUAUUCAAGUUCAGUUUGCCUUUCCAUAACAUUCAACUCUUUCAAACAAUCCUACCAAGCAUGUCGUGUGGAGAACAUUGAUAGACCGCCUGCAUCACUAUUUGCAUGUUGGUCUCGCUAUGAAUGGUUUAGUGAAUCAGACCAGUUGUUUGAGGAGGAGGUUUUCUUAUCAAAAGGGUGAUUUCAUACAAGUAUUUAAAACCAGAGUCCAAUUGGUGAUGACUUCGUAGUCUUAUCUAGAAAAGUGUGGUUUUCAUCAUACUGACAUAGCAUAUUUGCCAAAGCCAUACUACCUCCGUGUGCUAUAGGUGGUUGGGGAACUGUGAUGGAGGUUUAUAACAGGACCAUGCAGUCAAUAUGCAUUGUCAGUCAUGUCAAGUUGUUUGGUGAUUCGUGGACUUGGUGAUUGUGAUACAAGUAGGCCUACAUAUACGAGAGGAGUACUUUGCGAUAAGCUGUAAUUAACAUUCUUGCCUUUGAGUCAGUUGUAUCACAUCAUGUAUUUGAUUCUUAACUAAUUUGUUGCUUAUUUCUGGAGCACUCAUCAAAGUCAUGUUUAUACUUUGAUUACUUUGAUAGAGGAAUCAGACCAUCAUUCAGUGAGUUAUUGAUUGUGAUGUAUAACCGUUGAAUUCACCCCAUACAAGAGCAGGUGUCUAAUACUUUGCGACCUCUCUAUCGGGCUGCCGAAAUAGAUACGUGUAGACUUGACAAGCUUGAUGGAGGUUCCAAGCUCAUCUUUGUAACUUUAUGUAUCUGUCCAUCAAAAGUGCUUGUUAUUGUCAGUAAGUUGUUCCUGUUGUGCUUUGGUGAUUUUCCUUUUCAUCUGAUAAGAUAAGGAAUCACCGUGGUUCUAAGUGAUAUCAUGCUGUGGUUGGUCAUGUAACUCCAUGCAUCACAUCUAACUGCUGAUAAAUAUUGUAGAACUAGAUGUGAAACAUGUCAAUAUUCUAAUCACCUCAGCGAUUUACUUUGGGGUGAACCUCCGUCUGUUGAAAUGUGUGUUGUAUGAUUAAUACCUUGAGCUCUUCUUGCCUUUGUCAGUAACAUGAACCAAUAUGACAGAAGUGCCAUCUAUCAGCCUGUGACUGAAUCAAACAGUCUGCUCUCUUCCCAGAUAUCAUGCCUUUGUCAGUAACAUGAACCAAUAUGACAGAAGUGCCAUCUAUCAGCCUGUGACUGAAUCAAACAGUCUGCUCUCUUCCCAGAUAUCAUGCCUUUGUCAGUAACAUGAACCAAUAUGACAGAAGUGCCAUCUAUCAGCCUGUGACUGAAUCAAACAGUCUGCUCUCUUCCCAGAUAUCAUGCCUUUGUCAGUAACAUGAACCGAUAUGACAGAAGUGCCAUCUAUCAGCCUGUGACUGAAUCAAACAGUCUGCUCUCUUCCCAGAUAUCAUGCCUUUGUCAGUAACAUGAACCAAUAUGACAGAAGUGCCAUCUAUCAGCCUGUGACUGAAUCAAACAGUCUGCUCUCUUCCCAGAUAUCAUGCCUUUGUCAGUAACAUGAACCAAUAUGACAGAAGUGCCACCUAUCAGCCUGUGACUGAAUCAAACAGUCUGCUCAUGACCAGGUAGCAUAAUUAUGUUAAUAAUGCAGGAGUGACAUCAUAAUCUAUUUACCAAUUUGGAUUGUGCCCUCCAGUGACCCUGUAUUCAUUCUGUCCAACCUGAGCUGACUUUGGGGCAGAGACUGUUUACCAUCAGUAUGAUUAUUUGAAAGAUGACCUACAACCGAUGAGACUGUUUACCAUUUAUCAGUAUGAUUAUUUGAAAGAUGACCUACAACCGAUGAGACUGUUCACCAUUUAUCAGUAUGAUUAUUUGAAAGAUGACCUACAACCGAUGAGACUGUUUACCAUCAGUAUGAUUAUUUGAAAGAUGACCUACAACCGAUGAGACUGUUUACCAUUUAUCAGUAUGAUUAUUUGAAAGAUGACCUACAACCGAUGAGACUGUUUACCAUUUAUCAGUAUGAUUAUUUGAAAGAUGACCUACAACCGAUGAGACUGUUUACCAUUUAUCAGUAUGAUUAUUUGAAAGAUGACCUACAACCGAUGAGACUGUUUACCAUUUAUCAGUAUGAUUAUUUGAAAGAUGACCUACAACCGAUGAGACUGUUCACCAUUUAUCAGUAUGAUUAUUUGAAAGAUGACCUACAACCGAUGAGACUGUUUACCAUUUAUCAGUAUGAUUAUUUGAAAGAUGACCUACAACCGAUGAGACUGUUUACCAUUUAUCAGUAUGAUUAUUUGAAAGAUGACCUACAACCGAUGAGACUGUUCACCAUUUAUCAGUAUGAUUAUUUGAAAGAUGACCUACAACCGAUGAGACUGUUCACCAUUUAUCAGUAUGAUUAUUUGAAAGAUGACCUACAACCGAUGCAAGUUGCUUGUCCGCUUGACAGUUGUUAUAACGUUAUUAAAAAAAACAUGAGGUGUUUGUACAUUUUUUGGGUAAUUUAACAUGUUUAAUAUAUAAAGCAUGGAUCCUUCGAAAGAAGAUAAUUUGUUGCUAAUGGUGUAAUAUAUUAAUAAGCAACUAUAUGUUUCAGUGGAAACGAUUUGAAAAAGGUUUUGGCCAAGUGUCAGCAUGCAUAUGUGUAAUUGAAUGCUUUUAUGUGAUGUGAUUUGCCGCAGAAAACGAGGGGGAAAAACUGGAUUGUUUGUGCGAUCAUGGCCUAUUGUGUGCUCUUUGCAGAAUCAACAUAUUCUUUGCAUGAAGCUGUUAUGUGACUUUUCAUUUCCAGAAAUAUGUCGGUUGAUUACAACCCCUACUAACCACAAGUGAAGUCAUACACUUGGUUCAACUCCUACUUAAGUUGGCUAUUGGCGCCCUUGUAUCACAGAGUCUAUUAAUAUUGCGUGGGACCGGGAAUGUUACUUUUGACCAUAAUACAGUUUACAUACAUGUGCAGAUUUCCCAGGGACGCAUUGUUACGAUAAGAUGGUUAACCUGCCAUAUCGUUUGUAAAGGAGGAGUGCCUCGUGCUAACACACCAUCACUAAUAAUGAGAGCGCUUGCAUACAUUUCUACUGAUGCACCCUCAUUCUACGAACCAAGGCUAUUUACUUUUGAAGAUGAAUGAUCUCUGGAAAUUUUGAACAAUCGCCAAUGAUGGCCCAGUAUUUUCCCAAAACAUUCCUCCUUUAAUUUGAGCAGCUGAGCUUGUUGCUUAUAGCAUAUGCGAUGUGUUGCUCCCUUAAACUCUGAGUAAUUAUUGUGAAUUUGCAAUAAUUGUAAUUAAUAGUGCCAUUUUAAUUAAACUAA